UACCCUCCUCUGCCCCUCUAGCUUCAAACGCCGCACCACACGCGAUCUCCUCUGCUUCUCUCUCUGUUUCAAGUUUCUUCUACAACCAUGGGAAACCCUAUCCAUACAGCCGAAGACUGCAUCAUUUUCAGGGGGUGGGACAGUGCCGCCGGGGACGAUGACUCACAAUUGGAGUCCGGCGUUUGUUCGCCCACGCUCUGGGGUUCCAAUUCUCGAACCAACCUCCAAUUUCACCGCCCGCGUAAUCGCAGCCUCUCACCGACGUCCCGGACACAAGCCAUAGCCAGAGGGCAACAGGAGCUCAUGGAGAUGGUCAGGAACAUGCCGGAAUCCUCCUACGAGCUAUCUCUCAAGGAUCUUGUUGAACACCAUUUGAGUAAUUCUGAGCGUCAAGACGGCGAUGCCUCGCUUUCGCGAGACGAUUCCGCCUCUGAAACUUCCUUCCGAAGGGACACCAGCAAGACGAGGAGUGAAACUAGGGCGUUGGUUACCAGAAGUAGAAGCGUCGAUAGCGGUGGAUUUUACCUAAAAAUGUUCCUCCCGUUGCCUUUCGGGCAGAUGUCGGCCAAAAAGAAGAGGAAUCUUAGAACCGAUUCGGGGUUGAAUAGCAGUUCGAGAGUGUCGCCUAAACCGCCACCGGUGGACAGAGAGUGGUGGAGGAAGCGAUCGAAUGAGGGGAGCGUAUCCGGCGGCAGUAGUAAUAGCACUAGCAGCGAAAGAAGCAGGAAUUCAGAAUCGCAAGGAGGUUGCUGGUUUUGUAUCAGUCCAAUGAGGAGUAAAGAUCCAGAGUAGAACAGCUUCCAUUAGGAGUAUUCAAAUGAAAUGAAUCUUCUUAAUAUGUAAUCUUCUCUAAAUCACAGCUGAAUUUUGCAGCUAAGCUUGUUUAUAUCUUUUCUUAUCUGUAUUUUGAUUUCCUUAUAUUUUCAACCAAGAAUUCACCUGUUUUUUCCUCCCAUUUUCCUUAAA